AUGUUCUCCCGCCAUAAUAAUAAUCCCCCCAGCACCCCGUCAUCCCGAGAGAGGAAUAGUAACCAACCGGCCACCACCCCGCGGGGUUUCUCCACCCCAAGCCGCUCAACCGCCAUCCCACUCCGCGGACUAUUCGCCAACGGUACAUGGCAUUGUAACUGUGAGCCGCGCCGGCAGGCAGAUCACUUUGAGACGAAGAAUGGGGGCAGGAAUCAUGGGCGGUGGUUUUACACAUGUCCGAAGCCGCAGGGGAAACGGUGCAAUUUUUUCCUAUGGGAGGACGAAGCGGAGAUUAGGGAGAGAGAUAUGGCGAAAGUGUUAAAGGGGGCAGGGACGGGAGCGGCUGGCGGCCGUUCCACCAAUAGGACACCGUCGCGACCUUUGGCACAGGCCUCGAUCGAUGCUAGGACCGGGUUACUGACCCCCAACACCGGGACGAGGAAGAGGGCUCGUGAUUAUGAGCAGGGUUGUGGCUAUGGACUAACUAGUGUGAGCGAGAUGGGAUCGCCGAGUAAGAAGAGUAGGAUGGAGGAUGUGGUGGUUAAACGAGAGGAGGAAAGAAAGGACGAUGAUACUGAUGAUGACUCGUUUGGUUGGGAUGAGGAUAUAGAGGGGAGCGUUGUGGAGCAGUUGGCUCCUCGGGAGGAUUCACACCUGGAGCAGCAGCGGCAGAAGCAGGGGAAGGGACAGGGUAUUUUUCAGCCUGGUACGCGACGAAAAAGCCCUGGGUGGUUUCGAGAUGGGCGGGGUUUAUUUGUGAGCGAAGAUGAGGAUGAAGGUGUCCGUGAUGAUGGCGAGGAUGGCAGUCCGCAUGGCCAGCGUGAUACAGAUCCAGCCGGGCUGGAUGGCCCUUUUUUUCCCACACCUUCAUCCAGAGUAUUUCGCCCGUACCACUCGCCUUCCGCAUCCUUAUCCCGAUUCUCAACCCCGCAAACCACGCGCAGCACUCUUACAUACGGACAAGAUACCGCAACAACCUCAUCUCGCACCACGGUAGUAGACCCCUUUGAUCUUGACCCUCCGCAAACACCAACGCCAAUCCGCUUUAACUCCUUCCCGCUCCUUCGCCGCGAUAAUCAACAAGAACCCCACGGCACCGCCCCGCCCAUCAUAUCUUCUACAACCACAACCACAUCCACCACCAGCCCCCAAAAGACCGGCACAAUCGUUUCCAAUACCCUCGCCCUCCUCUCCAAGCACAAUAUUCACAUGCCUCCCGCCGCGAAACGAGAACUUGUCGGAUUGCUGAACGCAGAAUACCUUCACACGCAGUCCAUUAUCAAGGGAAGGGAUGCCACAUCUGCCGCCGUGCGCAAUAGGGAUGUGCAGAUACAGGCGCUGAGGGGGAGGAUUGAGUUAUUGGAGGCGGAGAGGGAAGGGUUCAGGCUUGGGAGGCGGAGUAGGGAUUUCGGCGAGAUUUGA